AUGUCCCAGUCAUUACGUCCUUACUUGAACGCUGUCCGUUACUCGUUGCAAGCAGCAUUAACAUUAUCGGAUUUCUCAUCCUUGGAAGUUGAAAGACAUAACAGACCUGAGGUUGAGGUACCUAACACCAGUGCUGAAUUGUUGUUACAGCCAAUGCAUAUUUCUCGUAAUGAGCACGAGCAAGUUUUGAUCGAGCCUAGUGUGAAUAGUGUACGUGUGAGUUUGAAAGUAAAGCAGGCAGAUGAGAUAGAACAAAUCCUGGUGCACAAGUUCACUAGAUUCUUGGAACAGCGUGCAGAGGCUUUCUACAUUCUGAGAAGAGUGCCAAUUCCAGGAUAUAGUAUAUCAUUUUUGAUUACAAACAAGCACACAGAAUCUAUGAAGACCAACAAGCUGGUUGAUUUCAUUGUUGAGUUCAUGGAAGAAGUUGACAAGGAGAUCAGUGAGAUGAAGCUGUUCUUGAACGCUAGAGCAAGAUUUGUUGCUGAAGCAUACUUGAGUGAAUUUGUAUAUUGA